UCGUUAACUGGAGUUUAAAGAAUAAGAGUCAACCGAUACCGAAGAUUAUACAAAAUGACAGUUUCUUAUCAAUAUGAAGUUGCAAGUUCGACGAGCGGGGGUUUCACACGUUUACUUUUCAUGUGGCGUGGAUCCCUUUACAAACUGAUAUACAGGGAGCUUUUACUUUUCCUCGUAUUCUUCGCAACUCUAUCAACCCUUUACCGUCACGUGUUCACGGUUGCACAGAAAAAAGAAUUUGAACUGGUCGUUGUUUACUGCGAUACUUUUAUAAAUCUGAUUCCUCUGAGUUUCGUGCUCGGAUUUUAUGUUGCCUACGUUGCUGGUCGAUGGUGGGAACAAUACACGGCCAUUCCUUGGCCUGAUAAGGUGAUGCAUUCCGUGGCGCUCUACAUUACUGGGAGUGACGAGUACGCAAGAGUUAUGAGAAGGUCCCUUAUGCGGUACCUCAAUCUUUCCUUGAUUUUGGUUCUCCGAUCGAUUAGCUCGGCUGUGAAACGACGUUUUCCAACCCUCGAUCACGUUGUUGAUUCCGGCUUUAUGACCGCUCUGGAGUUAGAGCUUUUCCAAUCCGUACCAAGCGUCGAAUUCAACACAUACUGGAUACCGUGUACGUGGUUCAUUAAUCUUCUGAAAGAAGCACGUCGUAGCCACAGGUUGCCGGAUUCUCAGGGACUUAAAAUGAUAAUGGAGGAAUUCAACGAAUUCCGGUCAAAAUGCGGUCUUCUCUGGAGCUACGACUGGGUGUCGAUCCCACUGGUGUAUACGCAAGUCGUCACCCUGGCCACGUACAGUUUUUUUGCGGUGGCUCUCGUCGGUCGUCAAUACAUUGAAGGAGCGAAAAAACCUUUUCAAAUGAAAAUUGACAUCUACUUACCCAUUUUCACCAUUUUACAAUUCUUCUUCUUCAUGGGAUUGCUGAAGGUCGCUGAGCAGUUGAUAAACCCUUUCGGAGACGACGACGAAGACUUUGAACUCAACUGGCUGAUCGACCGUCACACCAAGGUUUCUUACCUGGGGGUAGAUACUUUGAUGAACAGAUGUCCACCGCUCGUUAGGGACAUUUAUUACGAUGCCGAAGAUCUGACAUUGCCUUAUACAGAAGCUGCGGCUGCCUACAAAAAAAAAACCUAUAGAGGCAGCGUUGCUAAUAUGAUGGUACCGGAAGAAAAACAAACCAUGUUCUUACCGGAUAUUUCGGAGGAACUUGAAGCGGGACAUUCUGGGAGAUUACCAACCCCACGCACGUCCACUGCCAGUCUCGCGACUCAUAUGACCGACAGUCCAGUCUAUAACAGGCGCCAGAUCAACGAGUCCCCUUCAACUACUCCGCGACUGUCUCGAAACCUUUCUGAAACCAUUAUCCAGUUUGGGGAAUCUUCGAUAGAGUUGGAACGCGAUCAUCGAACAAUAGUAGAAGCGGUGAAGAAGCUCGCCUCGAAAUCUCUCCACAACGUUACUCCUCAGCAGUCGAAGAAGUCAUUUUUUGGAAUGGGCAGGACCACCCCUAAUCUGCAACCUUGGCCAAGUGCCACAAACCUCGCACGUUACAACGCGCAAAACACGGACAUACAGCUAUCCACGUUACAGCAUCCAUGUACCGAUGCAACCAACUCAAAUUACUCACCUCGAAGAAAAAGCUCCCCGAAAGUCAGACAAUGUCCCAAUUACAACGGUGUCGAGCAAACCACAGCCGUAGAACCAUCCCAGGAUCAAUCGCAAGGUAUUGUAAACUCUGCGUUUUCACAAGAACGGCUGUCGGACUGGCACGAUACAAUCUCCGAAAGCAAUUGGCAGCAAGGGGUGCGUUCCGGUGCGCAGCAACGUUCCUGUCUGCACAGAAGUUCACCCCGUCACAAUAUGGUCGGUUCUUCGCCCGCGAUUCGCCCCCGAUUGCACAGUUGCCCAAAGUUUUUGGUACGAAGACAGAGGUCGAUGGGAAGCGGUAAAAAGAAGGGUGUCAGAUGGAAAUCCGUUGUCGAUGAUACGGGGGAGACGACAAAUCGAAGGAGGACAGUAGACAGCGUCCCGACUGCGGAAAUGAUACUUGCUCAAGCUGCUAUGAGCACACCUAAUUUAUGGAGUUUGAAGGAAAACGAUUCCCAGCGACAUUCUCGCGGGGGUGAAUUAGAUUCCGCGCUUGAAUGUGCAGAGGGUGGUUCAUUGCAGAGAAGUUCAGGGCGUCGUGCUCACCUGGAUGAGAAAUUAAAAUUAUCUAGAAUAUUAUCGGAUGAUGAACCUGAGUUAUCUUAAUAUUUUAUUUGAUAAUAAUUAUUUCGGUUUUCGUACAAUAAUGCUAUUGAUGCAUAAUUUUAGGAAACAUCGAUAAGUCUUCCAAGUUCCAAGAACAGAAUAGUGCCAUUAGUGUUCGAUUAUUUAUUGAUACUUAUAUACCUAUACAUUUACCAUGUAGUCACCGAUUAUUGGGUCAGCUUUCAAUAGGAUGAAAAAUUAUUUUCUAUCCUGUAUCUUUUUGUAGAGCAAAACGAAAUCUCGUAAUUAUGAGAAAGAUUGAUUAUAUCUCAUACGAAUAUAUUGCGAUAUGUUUAUGUAUUCUCACAAUGCGAGCUCCUCCACUGUUUACCUGAAUACAAACAAUUCACUACGAUCACCGUC